AUGUGGGCCGGUCUACUAUUGACCAGGUUUUCAUCUUCACGAGUCGUCUCUAGUCAUCGAAAUGUGGCAACGAUAUUCGAAGCCAGCGCAAAUACCCUUUUUGGACCUCGAACCAGUUUUGGAAUCUCCUCAUCCGGGCUGAUGAAUCAGGGAACGACUGCUGCAGUACGAACACCAGCCGGAUGUACAACACCGUUUGAAGUUGUAACUGGAGUAGAACAGGAGCAGUGA